UCCGGCGGAUGGUGUGAUCGCUCGCCAAUAGCUGCUACACAUAAAUAAGGCAACCCGACCGGUGUGCCCGAGAUUCGGUUCGCUACUCUCGCUGUUGGCGAAAGAACCACAAACGCCACAGCCUCUCUCGGUACCUUCUCGGCAAUUAGUAGCGUGUUCAGGUGUCACGCGGAGAUCGCGCACUGGCGUGUCGAUCGGUCGAUAAGCCCGUAGACGACAGAUAGUUGUUUUCCAUUGUUCCGAUAGCCGUUUUUUGUGGGAACUUCCGUCGUCCGGAGACUAGUGUGCAGAAAAUGGGUGCCUACAGUGCCAGCCGUCGGACGAAUGAUUUACGAUUCAUUGUUCUGUUGGUCCUCACCGGUGUGCUGGGGGUCGCGUUCGCUUGUAACGGUGGGUACAAGGUGCGGAUCAAGAAAAUCGAAAACUGUGCCGGCCCGGACGCGGUCAUAACGGCGGACGACAAUUUCACCGUCGUCCUGACGAAGGACUGUGACGUCAAGUCGCGGGGAUGUGUGCGCUUUAAGGACUUCCAGACGGCCAACGCCAAGUACACGCUCACCAAGGACGGAGUGCAGAUGAUGCAGGGCUCGAUCGAUCUGUGCAAUCAGGCUUCGCACCGCAAGCGCACCGAAAGCAUCGCCGGCUUCCUCCGAACGCUCGGCGUACCGGAACAGUGUCCCGUCGAAGCGGGACAAAUAUGCGUCGAGCCCAGCCAGGCCGUGAACAUCAAGCGCUUCCAGCAGUACCUUCCGCUGGCCCGAGGAUCAAUCGCGGUGGAUGUUGCCGUGCAGCACGAUUCGGGUAAGAGUUGCUUCAAGAUUCGUUUCGAUAUUACAAAGUGAUCCUACAAAGUCGUGCGCCCCGUCCGUUGUGCCAGUUACCGGUUGUGAAGGGAUAGGAAUAAAAUUAACGCUGCGCGGUUCGGAAUCCUAUUCGCCAUCAACACAAAUUAUCCUGCUGAGCCCGCCAUUAGUCGAAACAUUUUCAAUAAACACCAUGU